UUUAACUACGCUAUAAGAUAAACGUGCCGAUAAAUGGUUGAAUAGAGAAUAUGUUAAUUCAGAUGUGAACAAUGUUAAUCUAAUACGGUGGAUUUAAAAUUAACGGUUAUCAACGUAAUAAUAUGAAAUAUUAGGAACGUCUUUUUGGAACUCUAAGAAACUUGAAAUUAGUUUCUUUUUCACCUGUUCUUAUGGCAAGCAAUAAGAAGACAAACCAGGGUCAUGGCGAAACAACGAUGGAUAAGGCCAGCGUAUGCUCAAGUCACGACGUGGAAAAGAGCUUUGAUUCUGAAAUAAGGGAAUUGUUCCGACUUUUUGAUACGAAUAACGACCGAUCCAUAUCAGUGCAGGAAUUAGACAAGGCAAUGAGGUUCCUGGGGAUGUCACCAACACAACAACAGAUAACGGACGCCAUGAGGGGACUGGACACAAACGCAGAUGGAAGGAUUGAGUUUCAAGAAUUUUACAAAUUUAUGCAAGCAGAAAUGACAAAAAUGGAUGAAGCCGAUUUCACCAAUAACGAAGAAACAGUACGCUCAGCAUUCCGGACGUUUGAUAAGGAUGGAAAUGGAUACAUAGACGAGAAGGAAUUAAGAAUUGCAAUGAAAAAGCUAGGUGAAGCAUUGACCGACAAGGAAAUGGACGAUAUGAUGAAACAAGCUGAUGUCGAUGGGGAUGGGAAAAUCAAUUAUGAAGAGUUUGUUAAAAUAUGGUGUGAGGCAACUUGAGAAACGCAUUUCUUGCUUCGCUGUUACCAUAACAUUGGACUUGGAUCGUGCACCACUUUGGAAAUAUGUUUCAGUACGAAUUAUAUGUGUGAUUCGAUGAAGG